UCUCUUCGUCAUGGCAACACUGGAGACGCGUUCGGAGAUGAAGGCCUGGCAAGUCCUGGCACCGCGUUGAUCCAGAGCCUGGGGGAGAGCGGGGAUUAGCCGCUUACUAGCUGCUGGGACAGAGCGUGGUAUUGGAGGCUCAGUAUCCGUGCACAGGCCCGAGUAAUAGUCACCCUGCUGUUUGGGACAUAUUGAUUCUGUGCAUGCUGAUAGAAACACCUAGUGUAAAAUGUUCAAGGCAAAAGUGCUUAUUGUUGGACCCAGUGAGUGUGGCAAAACAGUUUUAGCUAAUUUCUUGGCAGAUGCUACCGAAAGUAUAGGUGGAGAAUACAACCCAACUCAAGGUGUUAGAAUUCUAGAAUUCGACUGUCCAAGUGUAAAUGAGAAAAAAGGCCCUGGUUGUGAAGUUGAACUAUGGGACUGUGGAGGAGAUCACAAGUUUGAAAGUUGCUGGCCAGCCUUAAUGAAGGAUUCCCAUGGGGUAAUUAUUGUUUUUAAUCCUGACAUUCCAAGUCACCUUAAGGAGAUUGACAUGUGGCACAGCACCUUUAUACAGAAGCAACGAUUGCAGGAAAAUCAGUGCCUCCUAAUUGCUCACCACAAGCCUGGAUCAGGUGAUGAUGGAGAACGCCCAGAUUUAUCCUCUGCACUUUCCAGAUUGACACUUGCACAUUCCAACCUUGAGGAAGACCCUGAAGAUUUAAGAAUGGAAUUUAUCAAAUUUCUAAGAAGUGUUGUAAGUUCAUUAUCGGAAAGCAGAGACAUAGAAGAGAUGUCCAUUAUUACCUAAUCCUGCAGUGACUACCGCUAAAUUAUGCCGGGUGUUAACAUCAGGCUGGUUUUAGAUUGAGCAUAACCAAUUACUGGAAAAGAAACUGAUAACAGCAGUUUUGUAACGAUGGAAAAAAGCCCAACAUGCAAUUUCUCAAAAUAACAUGUCAGAUGUUUAUGUAAAUAUGUUAUUUUUCAAUCAUGUGUUUUUUUUCUUACAGGACAUGUUUGGUUUUCAAAUUAAGAGAUGUGUGUUGUAAUUAAAAAUAAGCACUGUAUAACAUGCAAAGUUCUUACAAAAAUAAUAAAUUAUU